GACACUAAGAAUACGUAGCUGUUAGAGAUCCAUCGUUCUUCUUCUUUCCCUUUUUACAUCAUUCAUCGAUAGUGAUUUAGCCAACAUGAGUCCUGGACUCGGACACGAUCCUCUUCCUUCGUACAAUAUCACCGCGUUAGGUAACACGGCGUUGUGCCUGUGGCAGCAACCGCAGCAUAUAUUGUUUCAACUGGCCAAUUUCUGCUUCGCGUUGUCGUAUUCGGCACCCUCGUCGAGGAAAGGGAUUUUAUUUAUGCAUUCUGUCUUAAUAAUAGGCUUCAUGCUGCUGUCAGGCUGGGCAUGGCACGUGAUCUGCGCACCCGAUAUAUUUUCCUGGAACUUCAGUUUCCUGGUGUUGAACAUCGGUCAACUGGUUUACAUCGUUUAUCAAAUGAGACCGGUCCGAUUCGACCCUGAACUGGAGGAAGCGUAUCACACACUUUUCUAUCCGUUCAAAGUGUCACGACUGCAGUUUAAGAGGCUGGUGUCCCCGGAAUUCGCGUCGAUAAUGUCGCUGCACGCGGGCGAAGCGUACGCAAUGCAAAAUCUAACGCGAACCGACAGGUUGGCAUUGUUGCUCAGCGGCAAAGUGAACGUUCUCAGCGACUCGAAUUUCCUGCAUCCUAUCCUGCCUUGCGAGUUCCUCGACUCGCCAGAGUUCGAAAGUUCUCGAGCCUCGGUGGACGACAAAUUCAAGGUAUCGAUCGUUGCCGCAAGUUCGUGCAGAUAUUUGUACUGGCAAAGAUCCGCGCUGGAGUAUCUGCUCGUGAAAGAGGCGUAUCUCGCGACAGUUUUAACGACGUUGGUUGCUAGAGACAUCGCCACAAAACUGUACGCCAUGAACAACAAGAUUGUUACAGACAAAGGAUCGCACCUGGAUAUAAGGCUUCCAACGAUCAGCGCUGGGUUAACGAUAAGCGGUGAAUACAGAAGUCCAAGGGCAUCCAGGCAAGCACUGAUUCGCAGAAAAGAGACGUCGAUGUCUUCCGAUAAUGGCGUGCUGAAAGAUCGUCAGGCGAACAACUUGUCGAAGAAAGGAGCACCAAACAUGGAACCACUGCCGGAGAUGCCGUCUUACGACGACCUGGCGUCGAGCGGCGUGGAAAGUUGGUUAGACUCGUCGAGCAAGUAUCACAGCUGCGAGAUCGUGGACGAGGACUAGCAGGAGGCCUCCUUAACGCCGGACACGUUCUACGAAGGGGAGAGCGAUUAGUGUCCACGUUAAGGAGUAUACAGCGAGACGAAGACUGCAGACUUUCUCCUUUCCUUUUCUAACCGAAAACAGUUAAAAUGACAGUUCGAUCUGCAUAAAUGGUUGAAAGAAGUUGUCUAAAAGUGUAACGCCAGCCAGGUUAUUGCACACUUCGUUGCGUUCGUGGACGAUAAGAUCGGUGCUUCCGUUUGGUGGACUGGAUGUUUCUCCGUUGUAAUAGUGAAUUUUGAAAGAAACGCUGCAAAUAAGACCGUGAAAUCAUUUUGAUAAACGAUAGAAUGCAUUGUUUAGUACAAUUUUUUUUUUAGUACAAGUUGAUAGUGUGACAGUAAGCCUUCGUCGAUUAUUUUUCAGUCGUACAUCAUUUACAUAAUUUACAAUAUAAUAUGAUCAAAUUCAAAAUACAGGGGUGAUAAAUAGACAAAGCAAGUUUUUAUUAAGAGGCUGUUCAAGUAACGUGUCAAUAACAAUUGAUAAAUAGUUGGAUCGAAUGAGUGAAACAGUUGCGGUGAAAUGGAAAUUUGUAAUAGCGAUCGACGGAGGCUUGACUAAAUGGGCAACCUUCGAGCGAGAAAUUUUUAUUCGAACAAGGGUGAUGUAAGAGUGCAGUAUUUCAUUCCAGAGAGAGAUUUAAUUGUGUAUUAAUUAAAUUAGAGAAUAUUCACUUGUUGAGAAAGGUGCAUGUUCAAGGCAGAUGGAAUCGUCUUGACACUAUAGCAUCAUGGUGGAAGAAUGAAACUUCUGACAGCCUAAGCAAGUAAAUACCAAAUAAAAA